GUUUCAUUCGUUCAGUUCCUACUUUCGGUUCUUUCCUCGGAGAGUUGGAAGUUGGAACAUCAGACAUCGAAAUUUUAAAAUCAUUUUGUUUCAAUUAAGAUGUCACGGUAGUAGAUCUAGUAUGAUGGCCUUAUCCAUUGAAAAUGGCUGACGCAGCUACCUCACAGACUACCAGUUGACAAGAAGUAGCCAAAUUAUUGUUGUAUGACUCCAACAGACAUUCUAAUAUGCAGUUGAGACGUGUGUGUACACCCUCUCGCUUCCUUUUUUGGUGCGUAGUGGCCAUGGCUUUCUUUGUGGUGCUGAUGAUUUAUGAUACAUUUCGAGAAUGUGAAAGUGAGGAGCUGAGAGCUACGAAGAGAUUACUGGACAACUAUCAUGAACAGAACCAGGAACUGAAAAAUGACCAGUUUAUCCUCAAGAAAAAAUUGAAAGAGGCGGAGCAGCAGUUGUCUUCCUUGUCCUCCGACGGAAAGUCUAAGUGGGUUCCAGGGCUUCCAGUCAUUUACCUCAUUACACCGACAUACACUCGGAUGGAACAAAAGGCGGAACUGACCCGCCUGAGCCAAACACUGAUGCACGUGAAAAACAUACACUGGAUUGUCAUCGAAGACGCUGAUGCAAAAACAAAUCUCGUGGCUCGUUUCUUAAAACAGACGGGCUUCAACUAUACUCAUUUAAAUGUUGCUACACCAGCACAUUUCAAACUAGCUUCCAAUGACCCCAGCUGGCUGAAGCCUCGGGGUGUUUUGCAGCGCAAUGCUGGUCUUGCCUGGUUGAGGAGCAAUACCAAGAAACAACCAGGCGUCUUGUUCUUUGUUGAUGAUGAUAACACUUACAGUUUGCGGUUGUUCGAGGAGAUGAGAUUCACGAAGAAAGUAUCAGUCUGGCCUGUUGGCAUUGUGGGUUAUUUACGGUAUGAAACCCCUAUUGUGACAGACGGAAAAGUGACAGGAUGGUUUACCUACUUCAAACCGACCCGCCCGUUCCCCAUGGACAUGGCUGGCUUUGCUGUGAACCUGGCUCUGAUCCACUCGCAUCCAGGCGCUGGAUUUUCUAAUGAAGUUGAGAGAGGCUAUCAGGAAUCCACCUUCCUCACAGGGCUGGGAGUCACCCUUGAUGAUCUAGAGCCAAAGGCAAACAUGUGCUCUGAAGUUCUUGUUUGGCACACGAGGACAGAGAAAAGUUCCCUGAGGAAUGAGGAAAAAAUGUGGAAGAAGUACGGCCUGCAGUCAGACCCAAACAUCGAAGUGUGAAGCCCAUUAUAUUUUAUUCUGCACUGUUAUGUCGUUAAACGUAUUACUGACUGCUUUUUGGGGUUUUUUUUAAUAUUUGAGUUAGAUUAUAGAUCAGUGGCUGUGAAAAAAAGAUCUUACAAUUAACAAUUGCCAUUUGUGAUGAGUGUUGAGAAUAUUUGUUUACUAAUUUGAGAGUUAAUUUUAUUAAUUAUCUGUUAUAAUUCCCCUGAAUAUCUGACUUUCUGCUGAUGCUUUGUACAGUUGUAGAAUACAAGAUACUUUAUUAAAAGAACUACAUAUGUCCAUUGCUAAAUGUUGAGAUUUUAAAUACAACAAUUUAUUAUAUUUUCAAGUGACCCAGGCUCUUCUCAUUUCGAAAGCUUACUACUUACUGCGUAAACGAGACUUUUUUUUUUUUUGGAGGGGGGGCAUAAAUAGUACUGCGAAGACUGUGUAUGUGUGUGUGAGGGGGGGCAGUAGUGUGUGGGCAAACUUAUAAUGUUAAAGACUGUCUCAGUAGUUUGUUAUUAAGUUUGUUCAGAGGCCAGACUUCAUGAUAUCCCCCCGGGGUAGUGCCACUGACUGAAGUGUCUUUAGGCCAUACCCAAAGGGGGGACAUUUCUCGUUCUAAUGCACUGUA